AUGACUACUACUACUACUCACACUAUUACUGCUACUUAUUCUACUACUACUACUACUACUACUACUACUACUACUACUACUACUACUACUACUACUACUACUACUACUACUACUACUACUACUACUACUACUACUACUACUACUACUACUACUACUACUACUACUACUACUACUACUACUACUACUACUACUACUGUCAAUACUCAUACUACCACUACUACUUAUAUUAGUACUGCUACUGCUACUAAUACUAAUAUUGCUACUACUACUCAUGUUAGUACUACUACUGCUACUAUUCAUACUACUAUCACUACUCAUAAUUCUAUAACUACUCUUAUUGUUAAGAUAAAGUGA